UAGAAACCCAAUUAGCUUCAUACAAUAAAGCAGCCAAGUUAAUCUUAUCCACACGACUUAUUACAGUCCAUGGGUCCAAAGCGUAAAAGCCGAUCAGAACAGCAGAGCGAGGCAUCCUCUUCGUCGCCUUCCAAACAACGCAAAGCCAAUAAUAAUAAUAAUAAGGAGGAAGUGGAGAUUUCCGCUUCUUCCGCCUCCUCUUCCAAGCCGCAAGACCGUAACCUCCACCAUGGCUUCGAGACGUACCCUCCAUCCCGGGUAUUCCGACUAAUAGAGCCCGGCCCCGUGCUUCUAGUCACGACGGGGUCGCUGGCCGACUCGACGCAUAACGUCAUGACCAUCGGCUUCCACAUGGUGAUGCAGCACGAAUCGCCGCCUCUCAUCGGCAUCUGUCUCGGGCCCUGGGAUGCCUCGUUCGCCGCUCUCAAGAAGAAGCGCGAGUGCGUGCUCGCUGUGCCCGACGUAGCGAUGGCCGGCGUAGUCGUCGAUAUUGGGAAUUGCUCGGCCGACGAUGAGGAAGAGCCCAGCGGCAAGUGGCAGCGCUUCGGGCUGGAAGCCUGCCCGGCUGCCAAGGUCAAGGCACCGCUCGUAGGCGGCGGCAAUAUCAUUGCGAAUAUCGAGUGCGUGGUCGAAGACACUAAGCUGGUGAGCAAAUACUCCAUGUGGGUUCUAAAGCCCGUCAAGGCGUGGCUCAAUCCGGACAAGAAGCCCGGAGAGGGUGGCCGCAUGUUCCAUCAUCGCGGUGAUGGCACGUUCGUCGUCGAUGGCGAGAUUCUCGACUUGAAGGAUAGGAUGAUCAAAUGGCAGGAAUACCAAGAUUAAAUCAUACAUUAACGCACUCCCUAACUUUUUAUUUAGUACCGACUACCUAAGUUCGUAAUGACGAAUUGACUCUAAUCCUAAUUUUUAUUCUUCAUAAACCAUGUCCGCCUACUUCUUCUCUUCUUGCUCACUUUCAGCUGCGCUAUUAACUAUAGCAGUUGGAAUCUCCGAGUUCUCCGAAUUACUCUUCUUAUCUUUUUCUUCCUCGCCCGGAGAGUU